AUGGUCAAGGCCAUGUCACCAAGUAGCAAGGGGGAGAUAGAGGAAAUACAAGAAAUCGCUUUUCAAAAUGCAAUUGAUAGUUUGAUGUAUGCAAGUAUUGGGACACGACCUGACAUCACACAUGCAGUGAGUCAGGCAAGCCAGUUCACAAUCAAUCCUGGGAGACAACACUGGAUAAAGAGAAUACUAAGGUACCUAAAAGGUACAAGUUCACUAAAGCUGAGAUUUACAAGAUCAACAGAUACCAGCUUAAAAGUAUUCUGUGAUGCCGAAUGGGGAUCAGAUGAGGAUGAUAGAUGUUCUUAUACUAGAUACCUGUUUGCACUGGCAGGUGCAGCCGUCAACUGGGCAAGUAGGAAACAACCCACAGAUGCUCUUUCUACAACAGAGGCAGAGUACAUGCGCUCACAGACACUCCAAAAGAAGAGCUUUGGAUAA